AUGACUACGGAAGUCAGUCGACAAUGGAGAUCGCUUGGAUUAAACGGCACGAAGGAGUCUCGCACGAGAUCUCCAGCUGCCCAAUCCUUGCCCCCACUCCCUAAUCCAGUUCCAAUCCUAAGCAAAACCACAUCCAAUCAAAAAACUACUCGUAAAGCUAAUAAUAAUAUUAACAACAACAACAACAACAACAACAGUCGUAAAAAGGUCAACAGAAACCUCGACAAAUCGGUCGCGUCGCAGUCAGAAAUCAUUAUAGAUGGAAGCAAAUACAACUUGAAGCCCAUCAUCAAGCUAAAAGCAGUUCCUUGGCCUCAAAACAGUUCCGAUAAGAAACCACAACCGAAGAAGCACCAGGCUAAAGACAUUUCGAACGUCAAUAGUAAGAAAAACACUACGAAAAACGAUAGCGACGUCGCGAGUGGUGAUAAAAAACGUCGCUCUAGUGGAAAGAGACAGCACUACAAUAUUGUUGCAGCAGGGGAAAACGAUGACGUCGAGACUACAAAGUUGAUACUACGGCGGCGCAACAACACUCCGAAAGGAAAACGUUGUGCGACAUCACUCGGUGCCACCAACACCAGUUCACAAACGUCAUCCUCGAUUGGUGCAACAAACUCUCAAAACAAAAACAAGAGGGCAAUGUUAUCCACCAGCAACGAUGGAAACGACGAGAACAUUCAAAACGUCAAAGUUGUGGAUCCUCACAAUAACAACAAACAACCGAAGCGCAAUAUCAAACAGGAACCCCAAGAGCCAAUGCUGCUGGCGUCGCAAAUCAAGCAAGAACCAAUCGAGGGCCAUCGCAAGUCCAGCAGACGGAGACAGUUUACGGAUCGGAUUAUCGACACAAUGUGCAUCCCGGAAUUCUAUUUCAACGCCAGGUGUCGAAGUAAAACGAAAAAGGCUACCACUAAGAAAAAGAACCCGGUGGCUAUUGUGGCAGCAGCUGCUGCUGCAGCUGCUUCUUCCUCAGUGGUCAAAAGUAACAGUCGCGCCACACCGAAUAAGAGCAAAACAAAUAAUGCAACCUGUGCCAGAGCUAGCAGUGGUGGAAGAAAAUCGAAAGAAAUUCCCACCCCUACUAUUACGGAGGAGGAUUCAUCUAUCCCACGGUUGAAUCCGAUUUUCCUGUUUGUAAAGCAAGAAGGGACACGAAUCGUUGAGGUUCGUUGCGAAGACUAUGACAAGCGAAAUCGUAUACGAAUAACCAAAACAUCAAAUGGCCUGUGGAGGUCCUUUCCUCGGACGGAUACCAGUUCGUCGGUGGUAUUUUCCCUGUUGCCCAAAACGGACUCGCCGUCGCUGGUUGAUGGUGAAUUGAAGGCAGGCAUACCAAAGUACAAAAAACUUCACAAAAAGAAAAAGAAGCACAAAAAGGAAAAACGGAGAAAGGUGUUGGAGGAAGCUGCCCCCGAGCAGGACGACGGUGGCGCUUGUUUGGAAGUGCAUGAGGAACUGAAUAUGGAUGAAGUCGAUGGCGACGACGAUGACGUUAUCGAUAUAACGCCAAUCGACGAACGGCACGAGGAAAUUAGUUUGAACCUGAAGGAUUUGAGCCAAUCAGAUGUUACUGUUGAAGAUAUUAGUAAUCAAAAUAAUUUAACCGUUAAUAGCAACAAUAUCAGUAGUAAUAGUGAAUGUAAUGCAAAUAAUAGUAGUAUAAAUAUCGCCACUAGCCUAAAAGAAAUCAGUACCAAUAGUAUUAACGCCCACACUAGUAACACAGAUAGCAAUAAAGACGACGGCAGUGACAAUGACGUCGAGCUGAUACCAGCAGAUGAGGAGAUGCAUGAGGUGAUCCAAGAGCAUCAUUCCCAGGAAUUAGUGCACCAAGGAACGAGCUUAGGUCAAGUAGGUGCAGGAGUCGUAUCCUGGGCGGAAGAAUUGGAUAACAUUGAGGCACAGAUACCAUCAACCAUCAUCUCGGUACAAGAACUUCAACGUGCUCGAAGCAGUGCGCAUGUCAAUGGCAGCGUUGAACAGCACACCACAACAACGGCGACGCUCAAUAAUUUGAUUGCACUAAAUGAACUUGGGUUUAAUCAUCAGGAAAACCACGCGAACGAAUGCAUCGAGAAAACAAUCUCCUAUCACUUGGAGUCUCUGCAGGCGGUUGCGGUGGCGGCUGCUGCAGCCGCUGCUGCCAGGAGCAACGGCACUAGCACCUCUACAACCGCAACCGAUUCGAGCAAACAUGGCACUAUUGGUGCAUCCUCGGAUGCUGCUGGUGCAGCUGCAGCAGCUCCUUCCGCUGCCAUCGGGCCACCCACUGUGGCGGUGGGUGGUAACGGAGGCAGCAAUAGUGUGAGUGCGAAAGAAGUUGGGGAACAAGGUGGCGAACCGUUGCACACAUCAACAACUUCCGAUGCACCGACUGUGCAUGAGAUUGACGACGAUGGAGACGAAGUGUGCGUUCUGGAGUCGGAUCCAACGCCAGCACAGCUUCAGCACCACCAAACAAAAGGACGAAAUGAAAAUAUGUGCCUGGAUAGCGCAGUAUACGAAAAUUGUAAGACGGAAUCGGAUUGCAUCCAAAACGCGGAAGUGCAACCACACAUCACAAUCAGUAGUGACAGUGAGCUGGAGGAUGAUGAUCCCAAGCAUCAUCAUCUGAGUGAGUUUAACGAUUGCAGUGACCUGAUCGAAGGAAUUCGUGAAAUCCAAUCCGCCAAUCCAGAAGACUUGCUACAUGCCAACUGUGGUGAAAAUACAAUGACUGGUGCCGAACUGCUCGAUUCGCUGGUAGAGCAACGGUGUGAAGACAAUCAUAUUUCUGGAACCGAUGAUCUCAAGAACACUAUUUAUUCCAUAUCAGACGACUAUAACGACGACGAUGAUGUCCUUUUGGAACCUGAACCUGUUGCCGACAUUAUCUCGCGUCUAGGUGAAUCGUUAAGCACAUCGCCCAAGUGUUUAUCCUUUAACGAAGCUGGUGAAAUUGAAGGACUUACCGGAGAUUUGUUCGAUACCACCCAUCAUUCGUUGCAGAUGGACGACAAUCUUCCCAACCCGUUCUCCUCACAAAACCCCACGUUGGAUGAACUGUCCAUCACAAUAAAAGACCUCACAGAUAGCAGUGAACAUGCUAAUUCCUAUUUCAAUGCUAGUGCCGAGAAGAAUGACAAAGAAACCGAUACCCCCAUAGUGAUUUCACCGGACUCUUGUCAAGAAGAAUUACCAAAGGAUCUUAGCUGUCGAAAACGUAGUGAAAAGAGCACGGACUCAAUAGUGACCCUUUCCCCCUCCCCACGACCAAUAUCUCAUAGUUCAGAUGCCAUCCAGUCACCUCAACCCAGCGGGCUGCCUGCUGUCCCUCCAUCACCUGACAUAUUCCUACAGCCCAAAUCCGUCUCAAAUGCAGUUAUCGAAAAUCUUAUGUCGCAGGCUGCUGCAACAACAGCAAAACCUCGACCUGCUAAUCAACAGAAAGAACCUCUUGAUCUCGGCAAAUGUCGGAAGUCUGCAAGCCCUACAGUUAGCUGUUCGGAAGAAGCCAAGCGUCAAUCCUCUUGCGAAGAUGAGCCCAAAACAAAACGGAUCAAAACCGACCCAGAAGCCAAUAAAUCAUCCAGCACAACAGGAUCCAGUUCCAGUAGCGUUACGGAAAAUCCUAUCGCCACAGCCUUGGCUAGCGGAAGUGGCAGUAAUAGGAGUACCCCUUCCACUCACACCAAUGCGAGCGAAUCGACGCGUUUGGUGGAAAUGCUAACAUCGGGCAACGAUCCGGAUGCUCUCACACAGCUACGCUUACUGGUUAGCAAUCCAGCGUGGAAAGUACCUGAUCCAUUACUAGUGCCAAAGGAUCGUCUCAACGCUGUACUAGCGUCGCCCGCACGAGAGAUUCCGCUUCUUCUAACAACCCGGCCAGAACUACGCUUACCGGAAGCAUUCGCAUUCCCCAAUAUCCUGCAAGAUCCAGAUAUUCUGGUGAUUUCACUCUCUCAACUCGAGAAAAUUCUCGAAACCCAAGAUGAACUCCUGAAACUUAAAUCCAAGACGGACACUUGUAAAAAGACUGCUCCAAGUCCUCUGGAAACGUUGAAACAAACUCUCACAGCUCAAGCGGCCAAGCAGAACCCCAUGAUGAGCUCAUUACUUGCUUCCGGGCUAGCGGGUGACAUCGAUGCUGCUACUGCAGCCGCAUUCAACCAAAUGCUCUGGCUGCCAUACCUAGGCCAGAUGGGACAGCUCGGACCGGAACUUCUCAAAGCGAUGAUGAACAUUCCAAACUCCAACCCAAGUCUUUCCGACAUGCUGCCAUUCAUGAAUCCUCGAUUUCAAGAUCUCUGUGGUAUGUCAUCCAAUCCAGUGGAUUACAAACGUCAAUUGGAAUUCGCUAUGUGGCAAGACGCGCUCAGUCAAGUGAACACGGCCAGUUUGCAGCGUAAACAGGAUGCUCAAAAGAAGGCAGCAGUCACCAUCGAUCGAAAGCCCAUUAUUCCGCCAAAGACUCUCGAGCAGCAGCGCUCCGUAGCAGCGGUUGCCGCCGCAGCUAGCAUGUUCCAACAGCAAAACCAACAGAACAAAAAAUCCAACUCUGUAAUGAACUCCCUGAAUCCUCUCUCGAUACCUCAGUUCAUGACCCCAUCGAUGCCAAAUAACCGAUUCGCCAGCAACAACCGAACCUCAACAAUGCAAUCUCCAUCCUCGCUGCAGCAGCAGUUCAACCAUUCGGGAAUCAAAACCAUGCCAAACAUGAUGAACCAGGCUGCAGCCGCCGCGGCCGCCGCCAAUGCGCAGAUGCGACAGCAGCAAACCCGACCGCAACUUUCCACCGCUCAAAAGAGCAAACAAAAUGCCAAUUCCAUGUUUCCCAACAAUCCCUUCUUUAACCUUCCGACCACCUUCCAAGAAUUCCACGAACAGCAGCAGCAGCUCGCGCGAAAGCUGCAGAAAGACCCCCAGGGCCAUUCCCGCGAGCAGAUGCUUCAUCAUCAGGAGGAACAAAAGCCUCGUGUGACCUGUAAAUCUCUCAUGAAUCUCCUCCAACCCGAGAAGCAGCAACAGCUGCAGCAGAAGCAAAGUGUUAACAGCAAGUUGGCAAACCUGAUGGCACUGCCGGGAAUGGACCUAUACGCUGCAUCCGGUCAGCACGAUCAACUGCAGCAGCAAAUGUUCUUGCAACAACAGCAGCAGCAACAACAACAACAGCAGCAACAACAGCAAUUACUACAACAGCAGCAACAACAGUUGCUGCAUCAACAGCAGGCGCAACAUCAGCAGCAACAGCACCAAGGAAAGCUGAAGGUCAAGCCCGGGUUGCACUUGCUCGAUCCGGCGGCCAUUCAGCGGCGGUUGUUGAAUACGGACGAACUGCCCGAGGUGGGCAGCACCACCAGCGGGUUGGACGAUUCGACCGACCUGAGCUCACCGCUGUGGCAUCCGCUGUUCGGAAGUGCCCAAAAAGCAGCGGCAACCGCUACCGGAAGCACCAGUGCCGGCAGCAAUGCAAGCGCCACAGGCUACAACAGUCCGUGGCAAUGGACUACCAUCACCGCCUCCGGGGAAUGACAUUAUGGGGCUCGUAAAGAGCCCGCUGUUGCUGGAUCUCAAUCGCAGGCAGCUCCUCAGAGUCAACAGCACCACCACCACCAACAGCAGCAUGCCAACAGCAGCAGCAGCAGCAGUAGUAACAAUAAUAGUAACACCAGCAAUCAAAGCAGCAGCACUAAUCAGCACCAACAUUCGAUGAAUCAGCAGCAGCAGCAACAGCUUCAACAGGCACAGUUCCAGCAAGCUUUUGGAACAAGUGGACUGUCGAGCUUGCAGCAACAACAGCAGCAGCAGCAGCAACAACAACAACUUCAACAACACCAACAACAGCAUCAAUCAUCCAUCCAUCAUCAACAGCAGCAGCUGCAUCAGCAACAUCAUCAUCAGCAAUCGCAACAACAACAGCAACAGCAACAACAUCAGCAGCAGCAACAACAACAGAAUCAACAGCAACAGCAGCAACAUAAUGUUCCUUCCCACCAUCACGCGCACCACCAACUGGCGGCGCAGAACAGCAUGAUGGCGGCGGCCGCAGCUGCAGCGGCCGGACAGCGCAAUCCGUUCGGGUUCGAUUUUAGUCACUUUCAGAAUUCGUACUAG